AUGUCGUAUCAUACCAGGUCGUUGUCAACCCGACUAACAGCGCCCGGCGCAGGCGUUCGCGAUGGAUCUUCCUCGAUGGGCGGCCCCUCACCUGCCCUCGUGGCACGCAUCGAAGAGAAGAAGGCAGAACUGGACAAUCUCAAACAGCUGCGCGACCUGAGUGCAGCUGUUGCCUCCCAGAUGGAGGCUUUGGAGCAGCAGCUUUCGACGCUUUCAGAUGGGACGGAAGCCAUCGCGACUGUCAUUGGCAACUGGCAUAACGUUCUCCGUGCCAUCAACAUGGCCUCCACCAAAAUCCCGAUGCCAAAGGGCGAUGCGACCGACGACGCAAGCGAGUCGGCGCCUUCUCUGCCGCAGACCUUGGUCCGUAUUCCAACAGAACACGCUCCCUCACUGCAAGCACAGGCCGAACAAGCGGAGCAGGAUCAAGCCGCAGGAACGUCUCCUUGA